GAUUACAAAGCGAGAACUUAUUGAUUUGGUAAAGAUCGUCGCUAUCAAAGUGAGUAUUGAAGCAGUGUGAUAAUGGCUGCCAUUGUGUCCUCCUUGUCUUGCUCUGUGUGUCAACUAACUUGCUCCUCAGAGAGGAGCCUUGCAGAGCACACGAGAGGUCGAGGUCAUCAGAUCAACUUGGACCGUCAACGAGCUGCAGCACGUAAUGUGUUUGUGAGGGGAUUCCCCGCACACACCACCUUGACCUCUGACCUCUUGACGGACCUGUUCAAACAGUUCGGAGAAAUCACUAAAGUGUUUAUUAAGGAUACGUAUGCUAUUGUCACCUUCAAGACUGAGCCCAGUGCUACAGCAGCGUUGGGGGAACCCCCUCUACUGGAGGGGAAGCCCCUAGUCGUUAAACCCAGAGAUUACAAACCUCCCAACAAGUCUAAACCAUUGGCUAUGGACGUGCAGAAAAGCACUUCUAGGAGUUGUCUCCCAGUGCCUGGACAAGGAUUGGACCUCAUUAAGACUGCUACUACAUUGAGUGGUCAGCUGGAGCUAGUCUCCUACCACACUGCCAUGACCCAGGACACUAUUAGAGGGAUCCUCUCUCUCUCCUCGUACCUGGGGGCGCGACUAAAGGCACUCUUCCCUCAUUCUCUAUUACUACCAUUUGGUUCUCUAGUCACGGGACUAGGAACACUCACCUCGGAUGCUGACCUGUGUCUACUCAUGGAGCCACAGUACACACACUUGUUAGCUCCAGAUGCUUACUACCCUCCCAACGUCCUCGCGUUGUCACAGCAACCAUUGUCUGAACCACCCUCUCCCACUGACUCUAUUGGCUCCACCCACUCGACUCCUGAGCGUCCAAUCAAAUCGCAGGAUGCCCUCAAGGUGAUGGCUAGUUUGGUUCGGAGUACAGCAGGCUGUGAAAGAGUAUUUACUAUCAGAAGUGCACGUUGUCCCAUUGUCAGGUUCUACCAUCGCCCCUCCUCCCUUCAUGUUGACCUCUCUCUAGACAACGGGCUAGGAGUCCACAACUCACGUCUCCUAGCAGCGUACUGUCGGUUUGACCUCCGUGUGACCCCUCUAAUCCGAGCCACGAAGCUGUGGAUGAGAGAGGCGGGACAGAGGAGGGUCAACUCUUACGCUACUUCUCUGAUGGUGAUCCAUGCUCUACAACACACAAGCCCUCCGGUACUACCCUGUCUACAAGAGCUGGGACCAUGGCAACGGAAUAUGGAGUGGUUUAAACAGCACACCCCAUCUGAUCAUGUGACUAUCGAGCCGUGGUCAUGUGACUUCACACCCAUAGAAUCUCUGAAGCCAUCCAACAACACAGACAGUCUAGGUGCUCUGUUUGCCCACUUCUUCCGCUACUAUUCCACGUUCCAGUUCCAAUCUCAAGUGGUGGCAGUUCAUACCAAUACACCCCUAAGCCACGCCCAGGCUAACGAAGGUCUCCAGCGACCAAUGGGAAUAAGCUCUGCUCUUGUAGUACAAGAUCCAUUUGAUCGCUCGCACAAUAUCUGCAAGAAUGUGAGCAAACAAAUCUUCUCUGAACUGACUGCUCUACUAGCUGGGGCAUUGCAGUGCCUCUCUGGGGAAUCCCCCACUCUAUUGGAACUAUACACCGUCCAACCAUUACCGCCCACUCACUCCUCGAGCAAGUACGUGUCCUUACAUCUCAAGACUAUAGCUAGAUUAUUAGAGGAGACUGGACUGGUGCCCACAGACCUCGAUCUGACCAAUCAAAUCACUCAACAAUCUCUGCAUCGAUUCAUUGCCCACCAAAUCGUUUCGUUAAUGAAGAACAAGUUUGGCUUUCAUUGUGAACCUGUGCUAGAUCAUGUGAUACCACCAACAGAUCAUGUGAUACCACCAACAGAUCAUGUGACACCACCAACAGACCAUGUGACUCACUCGGACAAUCCUGUUGAAGAUAUGACUAUUGAACAUUCUGAAGAUGAUGAUGAUAGUAACGAGUCUGUUACCAUGGACACUGUUGCUAGGAAACGUCAUCUAACGGACAGCCCACCUCCUGCUGAGAGUAAACGUGUUAAGAGCGCUUCUCCGAGUGUGUCUCCACUGAACACACUCCACACAAUAGUCGCCUCCCUCCCACACACAAGCACCUACACUUGUAUUGCCUAUGAGAACACUUGGAUCGGCUGUAGACAGAAGAGACGUGACGGUAGUAUGGCCACCAGCUUACCUGUACCUGAUACGCCUUUAUUAGAGGUAUCACUGAGUGUGUGUGGGGGCGGACGUGAGGGCUUAGGGAGGGUGUGUGUGAGUGCCCCCCGCCCACACCACAAAGCACACGCUGAUAACUGGUUCGCAGUGUUCAAGCCUCUAGUCAUUAACUACUGAGAACCAUGAUUACAUAUCGAUGACAGUAUACUGUACGAAUUGAAACUGAAUAUGAACAAAUAUAUUAUUAUAUAAUGUGCUAAAUUAUAGCAUUCAUUUUAUUGUGGCAUGUAUUCUUCUUAUAAUUAUUUUAUUGAUAACUUGUUUUUCAUACAUUAUCAUGUACAUCAUUAUAUCAUAAUUAUUAUACAAAAAGA